AUGACGGAAUCAACCAUUUCAGAUACAAACUUAAUAAAUAACUUUGCAGAUUCCAGUUCAUCAUUAAGAAAUUCAAUUUGUUUAAAAUCAAAGAAAAAUAUUCAUUCUUCAUCCUUAUCAGAAUUUAUAGAUGAAACAAAUCAUGUAGAAUAUCAAAUGAAUAAGAAUGAGGAAACACAUCAAUUUUAUUGCUUUCAAAUGGAAGAAUCUGUGCUAAAUUCAUCUUCAGAAUUAACUGUUAAUCAAAAUUCUGAAUGCUUACAAAUGAAUAAAUCAAUUUUCAAUAAUUAUGACAGAAACAUAUCUACUGAUUGGACAAAUUGUACAAAAACACCACAAUCACAUGAAUAUCAAACAUUUCCUGUUUAUGAUUUUACAUCAUUCCAAUACCAUCGUCAUCAUCAUUUAACUUCACAGUAUGAUCACUAUCAACGUCAUUUACAUAAUCCCAUUCAUUCAACUUAUCCAUUACAUCAUAUGUUUAAUAAAUAUGAUGAGUCGAGUGAUGAGAUGAAUUUUCACACUGAUAUUACAGAGAAGCACAAAAUAAAUCAUAAUCAUAGUGAUGAGAAUAAUAAUAACAACACCUCAAAUAACACUGAAUGUAGUAGUAGUAGUAAUAGUAAUAGCAGUAAUAAUAGUAAAACUUUGAAUAAAAAAUCUAAAAGAGCUCGAACAGCUUACACGCAAACACAACUGAUAGAAUUAGAAAAAGAAUUUUGGUAUAGCCAAUAUUUAUGUCGACCGCGUAGAAUUGAAAUAGCUUCAACACUUAAAUUAUCUGAAAAACAAAUUAAAGUAUGGUUUCAAAAUCGUCGUAUGAAAUUUAAACGACAAAAACCGGCAGAAAAUUCAUAUCCAUCUAUAAAUUAUGGAGAUAUAAAUACAUCAAAUGAAUUUAUCAGAUCAGGAUUUUUAACUCGAUGUCAUAAUUCAAAUGAUGGAAUUCAUUUAACAGAGGCAAAUCCAACAAUAUGGCUUAAUCAUAAUACUAAAACUAUUGCAUAUAAUACUUGUAAAUGUAGUAAUAAUAUUGAGAUAACUGAUAAAUAUGAUGCACAACCAUGUUCAUAUAAAUUAGAUAAUACAAGUAUUUUAAUACAUCAUGAUCUAGAAACUAUUAAAACAAAUAAUAAUUAUCAAUUAGUUGAAUGUAAAUUAAAAGAGAACAGUGAUUUAUAUAAUAAAUAUCUAGUCAAUAAUGAAUUAUUACCAACAGAUCAUUGUUCUAUUAAUUUUAAUGAAAAUAAUAGUAAUAAUAAUAAAUUACAUUGUAAUGAACAAUUUACCUCCUUUAAUCCAUUAACAUAUUCUAAACAUAUACAUAUUAUUAAUCAACAACCAAAUUAUUUAAAUGAACAACAAAAUAAUUCUUUAUCUGAAUUCAAUUCUUAUUAUUUACAAGAUCUUCAUCAUAAUUAUUCAUAUCAUAAUUCAAAUCAAUUACUUGAACUUAAUAUGACUAGAGUAUCAUCAGUCAAAGAUUAUUCGGAUUAAAUGAAUCAAUUAAAAAAAAAGAAAAUUAGACAAAUUGAAUUAGAUACAAUUUUAGAAAGAAAAAAAGUACAUUAUUUCGUAAUAUAUAUAUUCAACGAAUUAAUAAUAAAAUUGUUAAAGAGUCAAGCGUAUGCAUACAUUGGUUAUAUAUUUAUAGUACUUUUUUUUGUAAAAAUAACCGUAACCUUUCAUGGAUCAAUCUGUGUAAAAAGCAAACAAACAAACAAACAAACAAACAAACAAACAAACUGAUAAUCCUUUAACCUAAUAGAAUUUCUUGAAGAUAAGCAAUAAUAAAUCUAAUAUUUAAUUCAAUACUUAUUUCAUUUUAAAAAGAGGAAAAAACAGGGAUUUGAGUACCUUUCAACUAUAUACAACCUGUUUGACAAUAAUAAUAAAGAAGCAAUGAUGUUUAGCAUAUUC